CUCUCAUUUCUCCGUUGAAAUAAAGGACCUUGAGGGGAAAGGUUUUACUGUUUCUAGGGUUUCUUUAUUCCAUUUCCUCAUCAUUGGAGAAUGGAAAUUCUCCUCUUCUCUCUGAUUUUUCUUCAGAUUUCGAUUAUGUCCUGAAUCUCUUGAAGAUUUUAUUUAGAUUCUUGAAGACCCAAUUGCAAAAAUUUCAACUUUUUUCUCCCGGCGAUAUACAAUGCGGAUUUUCGUGAAGCUCCUCCUUCUCUUUUCCUUGUUUCCUCUCGCGUUCUCCAAUGAAAACUCUAGCUCGUAUCUCAUUCCGCGACCAUUGAUCAAGAACAUCGACGACAAUGUCAAUCUACAUUGCACGAGCUGGAGAUUCGCGGCGGAGACAAACAAUCUCGCUCCAUGGAAAACCAUUCCAGCAGAAUGCGCCGAUUACGUGAAAGAUUACCUGAUGGGUGAAGGUUACGUCGUCGAUGUGGAGAGAGUCUCCGAAGAAGCUAACGUUUAUGCGAGCAGCUUCGAAUCUAACGCUGACGGGAAAGAUAUCUGGAUUUUCGAUAUUGAUGAGACGUUAUUGUCGAAUCUUCCUUAUUAUAUGGAACACGGUUGUGGGCUGGAAGUUUUUAAUCAUUCAAAGUUUGAUAAGUGGGUGGAGAAAGGGAUAGCACCUGCUAUAGCACCAAGCUUGAAGCUUUACCAAAAGGUUAUGGAUUUGGGGUACAAAGUUAUCUUGCUUACAGGGCGUAGAGAGAACCACCGGGUUAUCACUGUCGAAAACCUGCGCAAUGCCGGUUUCCAUAACUGGGACAAGCUUAUUCUGAGAUCGUUGGAUGAUCGGAACAAAACAGCGACCAUGUACAAGUCAGAGAAGAGGGAGGAGAUGGUGAAAGAAGGGUAUAGGAUCAAAGGCAAUUCAGGUGACCAAUGGAGUGAUUUGUUGGGUUCUGCAAUGUCAGAAAGAUCAUUCAAACUUCCAAAUCCAAUGUAUUAUAUCCCCUGAAGGGGAUCAACUAGAAUGCGAAUUAAUCAGAGUAAUUCAGGUUACCAAUUGGAGCAACCUACUGUUUUUGAUGUUUUGGUUGCCAUAUAUGUAAUCGCUUGCUAUAAAUAUAUGUACUACUAAUGACUGCAUCAGCUUGAGUGUUCAAAUUUAUAGCUUCUUGAAAAGCUUUUUAUGCUUAAAAGACAAAUCCAAUCAUUAAAGAUUUUAGAAUUUU